UUUGGUUGAAGGUCCAGGAACGUCGUGGUUUUUCUGCCGACCCCCGGACGGUCCCGGCUCGAAGCCCCACCCUUCGCCCGCUUCCUGCACCGUCAAUCAAAGCAGCACACAACACAAAUAAAACCCGAACGACGCUUGCCCGGCGCUAGCGUCCGAAAGGCACCAUGUUAACCGUAUAAACCGAGCCGGUGUGAGCCGCCCGGGAGCCGCUAUGACUGCUCCAGAAAAGCCAGUGAAGCAAGAGGAAAUGGCUGCGCUGGACGUGGACAAGCAGAGCGAGUAUCUGCAGCACAGAAACGCCGGGGCGCAGAACAUUCAGCCGUCACCGCUUGCAUUGCUGGCAGCUACGUGCAGCAAGAUCGGCUCGCCGCCAUCGGAGACCGUUGGAGCUACCACAACAGUUGGGACCGGGCUGCCGCUUGACUUGGCUUCUGCACAGCUUGCAGCAUCAAAUGGAUGGCAGUUAAUAACUUCAACACCAACUGUCGUAACAAAAGAUACUGCUGGUAAUUUUGUGCAAAUUACUGGACAGGUACCAGGAUCUCCAGUCACUGCCUCUGUACCAACAAGUGGACAAUAUGUUUUACAAAGCUUGCAGAACCAGCAGGUGUUUGCAGUUGCUCCAGGAUCAUCCACAGCUCCAACUGGUGUAGGGCCUAGUGUUCAAUAUCAAGUUAUUCCACAAAUUCAGACUGGAGAUGGGCAGCACUUACAAUUGAGCUUAGCUUCUUCUAGUGCAGAUGCAGCAUUACAGCAAGAUGGCAAUGGCCAUAUUCAAAUUAUUCCUGGCUCCAAUCAAGCAAUAAUUGCUGGCAAGACUCCUUCAGGCAACAUUUUGACUACUCAAAAUCUUAUGUCACCAGCUGUUUCAGUUCAGAUACAGCAGGGCAAUGCUCAAGUCCCUGUGCAAAUUCAAGGAGUAGCUUACGGUGGUACAUCUUAUCCUAGUCAAGCUCAACUUCUUACUAAUGUUCCUGUUGGACUAACAGGAAAUGUUGCUUUUGUGCCCAUUGGAAAUGUUGAUGUUGACUCUCUUGGAACAGCACCUGCUUCAGAGUCCCUGACUCAAAGUAACAGUGCAGCAAUUACCACAUCAAGCCCAAUGAUUAUACCUGUUUCAUCAGAAGCUAUAAAUAAUAUAGAUACCUCAGCAAGGACAGAUGAGCAAAGCAUUACAGGAGCUGUGCAGAACUCUGCUUCUAGUGACUCUAACACUAAUAUAGCUUCAUUUGUGCCAACAACUUCAGUGAGUCAUAUGGUUGUUUCUGAUGACCAUAUUGAUGAUGUACAGCAAGCUCCCUCCAGCAGUAAUUCUACCGAAACCUCUGAUCAGAUACAGGCAACAAAUGUACUUCAUGUGAAUCAAGCUACUGUUGAUCAAACACAGUUACAAGACUUACAAGCUUCGACCUCACAAACAGCUGACCAUCAGAUUCAAUUUCAGUCACAUCAGCAAUUUACUGUCCAGCCACAGAUUGUUCAGAGUAUUCCACAACAGACAAUACAGACUAUUGCAGGACAAACAAUUACUGCACAAGCCGUUCCUCAGCAAGCUUUGCAGAAUCUUCAAUUACAAGUAGUGCAAAAUGCAGGCUCCCUAAUAAUACGAGCCCCAACGUUAACUCCAUCUGGAGAAAUUACCUGGCAAACCUUUCAGGUGCAGAACAUCCAGAACUUGCAAAAUGUGCAAAUUCAGAAUGCACCAGCCCAGCAGAUAACUCUGACACCGGUGCAUACUGUCACAUUGGGCCAAGUAGCAUCCAGUGGGGCAUUGACGCCAAUUGCACCAGCUCCAUUAACUGUUAGUAGCCCACAAUUACAGACAGCAACUGUGAAUUCAUUCGCUUCUUCAAGCAUUCAGUUGCAACAAGGUGCACACAAUUCAAUGGAGUAUUCCCUUGAAGAUGACCCACCAUCUGUUUGGAGGCAGUUUUCUGGAGGUGUACAGAUAAAAGAAGAGGAGGAUGACUCUGAAUCCUGGCAGCUAGCAUCACAACCAUCUACAGUCACUAAUGUGGGCACUGCGACUGUCCUUAGUUCCAGUGAUUUAGCGCAAGUGUCUGUGAACCUGGAUGAGGAUGGCAAUGAUCAGCAGUAUCAACCAGGAAAACGACUCCGGCGAGUAGCAUGUACUUGUCCUAAUUGUAAGGAUGUUUUGGGAAGAUCCUCCAGUAAUUUAGGCAAGAAAAAACAGCAUAUUUGCCACUUUCCAGGCUGUGGAAAGACAUAUGGAAAAACAUCCCAUCUUCGAGCUCAUCUUCGCUGGCACACAGGAGAACGACCUUUUGUCUGUAACUGGGUUUUCUGUGGAAAACGGUUCACUCGCAGCGAUGAACUGCAGCGACACAGAAAAACACAUACAGGUGAGAAGAAAUUUGUCUGUCCAGAAUGCUCCAAGCGCUUUAUAAGAAGUGACCACCUUUCAAAGCACAUCAAAACACAUCAAAACAAGAGGGCCAAUCUUUCCAGCCACAACAGUGCAGCUAUAUCAUCAAUGGAAGUGACAUCUGCCUCUGAUGUUGGCAUCCUUACUUCAGGAGGAACUAUAAUGUCACCUGUAAUAGCAAGCAUUCAGCAGGGCCAUAUGGAAGCGAUUGGAACUGACCAUUCUGAUGGUGCAAAUACUGAAGAAAUGUUACAUAAUACUGAUAUACAGUUAGUCACUAUUGGUGGAGAUGACUGUCUGGACUGAAAAAUGCAGUUUAUAGAAAAAAACAAUGUGUUAGUGAUUUUAUAAUGGAGUAAAAGGCUAGUAAAUUUUGAGCUUUUUCUGCAGUCUUUUUAUCAGUGUGGUUAAAAAAAAUUCAUGUAUUAUGGAAAAGUGACAAAUGUCACUAAAAUGCCUUAUUUUCUAUGUAUUUGUAAUACAGUAUUCAUAUAUCUAUUGAACACUGGCAAUGUUGCAUGUACAUUUUGCAGAUACUCACCACAUGUAGCAAUUUUUCAAAAAUAGCACUCAUGAUAGAUUAUAAACACAGGGAAAUAGCUAUGCAAGACUGAUGGCAAAAUCUUGGAAAUUAAAAGAUUUGGGGAUGAUCCAGUUCAGAGUGGGAAAGUAUGUACAUCUUGAACACAAUUUAUUGUGAUAAAUCUGUUUUCUAUUAAAUUUCAUAGCAAUUUUCUAAUUCAGUGCAUUGCAUUUUCUGAUACAAGUAAGCAUAUUUCAAUCGUAAAAGGGUCACUAUGGUCUGCAUUCUAUAAGCUGAUUAGUAAACUAGCUGUUUGCCAUUUAAAUGUCAAAGUAUGCAUUUCUGUGUAUCAUUAAGCUCUUUAUAAAAGAGGAAUAUUGUAAAAAUGGGAUCUGAAGUCUUAAUCUAUUUUUUCAAUUUAUUAAAAGCCAUUUUUUUUUGCUAAAUGUUAAGGGUCAUCUGCCAAAUGACUGAGUGCGUUGAUUGUAAUUAACCUUGAAGUUUCAAAGUUAACUAUUGCAUAAAACUUCUUUGACACGUUGCAGAUCCUAAUUCAUCUACCCUUUGUAAUUUUCUAUACAAGUUUUUACCUUAACUAUUUGUUGCGCAUAUAUAUAUAUAUAUAUAUAUAUAUAUAUUCGGUUUGUAUUUUUAUUAUGUAUUUGUUAAGGCUACAGAGGUAAUGCAUAACUAUUUAAUCUCUAUCAUCAUUUCAGCAGCAUAGAAGUGGGGAUAAAGAUGCUACCAUUGGACUUUUGUUUUUCUUCCCAAACCCUAGGGUGACCAUUCUUGCCUCCAGACGUGCAGUACCAUUAAAUAACUCAGUUGCACUUCUCUCCAGAAUUUACUAGAGAUAUCCUGUGCCAGUUGUGUGUUUUUUUUAAGUACUGCAUCACAUUGUGGUUUGCACCCUUUUGAAAUUUAUUUCUAACUGUCUUGUCCUUUUUGUAAUGAAAUCAGAUGUGCAGAAUAAACAUUCAGAUUACAGUAUAAAACAGCUUUGAUGAACCAACUGAAAUGAAUUGUGGUUUCAAUAAUUUUUUGGUUCUAGUAAUUUUGAGGAACCACUACUAUGAAGGAUUCGGUGUCACUUGAUGUAGCAUUAUUCCUAUGGUAACGUAGUACUGUGUGCAUAAAGACACAAAUAUAGAAAAUGUUUAUAUCAUUACUCAGUUGAUCAUUGUUUCUAUUUUUAAUCCAGUUACUCUUUAGUAAAAGUGAUUUGAUUAUCUAGAACUCUCCAAAAAGCAUACAUUGUACAUUGUAUUUCAACAUAGGACUCAAGACCUUUGAGGUUUCCCCACAGUGAUAUUUGAAGUUUAAGUAUAGUUCCUUUAUUGCAGUAAUUUUUUUCCUUACAUAGGGUGUGUCAACUUGCAUUGGAAAAAUGGGCCUCAAACUAAGAUGUGUUAUAUGUGCAAGUGCCAACAGUUGGGGUAAAAAGUGUAUGUUACAUGUGAAAAUAUAUAAUGGAUAGUACCGUUUUGUAGUGACCUAUUGCAUUUUUUUUUUACUUUUUGUUAAUGUUUUAAAUAGGUUGUUUGAGCAGUUUUCUUUGCAUUUUAGAGCUAAUAUAGAUCAUACUCUUCUCCCUACCUCUUCCCUCCCCUUCUAAAACAGUUAAUGUGGUAUUUUAAAACAAUGAUGAAACUUGAUUUUAAAAUUCAAUAAAAAUAUAUACAUUGCCAUGUGGUAAUUGUGUCUAGUCUUACAUGUUCCUUCAAAAUGUAUAAAUAUAAAUUAAAAUGCUAAUAAAGUAAGAUUAUACUA